AUGGCAGCGAUGUCGCCUAAGUCGCCAAAGCGAGUGUGCUCGCAAAGCCACCUCGAGGAGCACGAUGGCCUUCGCAAGACCGUCUCCUUUGCCACACGCCGGUUUGAUCCCAGCGGACUGCCUGCUGACAUGCUCAGGGUCUACACAUCUUUGAAGGAGAGGUUCGACGAAGAGUAUGCCCUGUUGUUUGUUUUCAAUAUGCAAACAGCCAUGGAGAUGCACCGUGCGUGGAACAUGACGCUCCUGACGUCCAAGACACUGAAGAAAUGCUCUGAAAUGGUUGGGCUCACGAUGACCUGGGAGCUCGGCGUGAUCAAGCUGAAGUUUUUCAUGGAGGAUGGCGAUUUUGAGCUACAGCGAAAGGUGCCCUACGAUUACGAUUCUGAGUUCCAAGACAUGUUCAUGAGGAUAGCUUCAGCUCUUUACAACGGGCACAUGACUGUCCACGAGGCUUUGCUCUUCCAGGAGGAGGCGAAGCAAGGGAAACAUACGGCCAAGACAGGUUUGUUCAUCCGUGACUACCCUGGCAGAUUGAUCGUUUUGCCAGCCAUGUCCAGCACCUGCGCGGUGAUCUUCUUUGGAGGAUCUGCCUUGUGUGGUCUGGUUACGGGUUUGAUCGAGUACGGUCUGCUGAGAGUCGGGGGCGACGCCACGUUGUUGAUCGAUCUCGCUGUGGGGCUCUGCACCGGCUUCAUUGGCAGUUUGUUCUACCAAGCAGACGAAUCCUACUGCCUCGUUUCCAUCUUCAUGGGGACCUUGUACUGGUUCUUCUAUGGCACGGCCUUUGUCGUCGGGCUGGUGGAGAUCUUGGCUGGGGAACUCGAGACGGGUGUGACCCGCUUCAUGGCCGUCAGCAUCAAGACCUUCGUCCUCUGUGUCAUGGCUUGUUUCGGGAUGCUUCUAGCAGUCCCAAAUCCUGGCCAGGUGUGGGAGGCGCAGUCUCAGAAUUGUGGCGUCAUUAACCUGGCCGACCAGUGGUGGCGCGUCCCUUUGUACUUGGCCUAG